AUGGGCCGCUUAAACAUAGGACAGGUUGCCUUGGCACACGAGUCGCGAGAAAAAAUCGAGGGUCGCGCACUGGGGCUCUGCAGAAGACUCGGGUUGCACGCGGGAAGCUACGGGGAUGAACGUUGUCUGCACGGGUCACACGCGGUCGGCCCAGGCACUAUGAUGUCUGCGUGGGUCUCCCGGCGCGAGCUGGGCGCGGCUGUGCGCGAGCGGUGCUUGGGUGACGCGUGGGUCUCCAGCACCGGCGUGUACGGCUGCGGCUGGUGGUCCUGGGCACGUCGGUGGAUGGGGCUUUCUCUGGUGGUCGUCCUCUCUAAUUUUCGUGGUCAUUCGAGGCAGGUUGUUGGUACUGCUUUGGUUGGAUCAGUUGAAGUGGAUAGAUGGGUUUCAUCUAGGGAAGCCAUGAUCAAGCUACCAGUGGAUGAAACACUUCUAGAACUAAAGAACUGGCUGGAGAAAGGACUGAGAGAAGGUUGGCAGAAGCUGGGUAAAAUUUUCAACGUUUUGGGCGACGGGACGGAUGAAGUCUGGCAAAGCUGUGUGCACCUUCCUGAUUACAAUAGAAUUUCAUUUAGUAAAGUGGAAUAUCCUAUUGGCUUAGAAGCAUGUCUCAAGAACCGGUCUCCUGAUGAAGUGCUUCUUGUGAAGAGGCUUUUGUAUUUCGACCCUGCAAAUAGAGCUACUGCAAUGGAAUUGCUUAAUGAUAAGGAUUUCGGUUCGGAUUCAGAUUUUGAUGAAUUUGGCUCGUCGCUUGUCACAAACCACAGAAAAUGGUUUUUCGAUCCGGUUCUCUUGAUGUUGAUGGCAAGGGAGGCUGCUAAAGAAUUGCGCGGUCAAUUUCCGAUGAAACGGACGCGAAUCCGGCGACUUAAAACAACAUCACCAACCCACGUUAUCUUUAGCGGUAUCAUAGCGAAUUUGAUGAUGAAAGUAUUCGAUCCAAACAACAUCAAUGCGAUCGAGAUCCCAGUGAAAAGCAAGCCGAAGGCCGCUGGAGAAAACUGGGGCGACAGCGGUGGCGGAGAGGAGGAAGACGGCUACGAUGACAACAGAGAGAAGUCGGGGAACGAGAUCAGCAGCGGUGGCAUGUGGAGGGCGUGGAUGGCCAUCGCGAAGGUCCACCACCACAGAGACAACUUCAUCGAAUCUAUAAUUACCCCCAAAUUCCCCAUAGCCAACCGCGAUCCCCGACGGAGAGCUCGGCCAUGGAAACCCGCCACCGCCGUGACAACGUCGCCGCCUACGACUCUCCCACGGACCUUAGACAUCGGAAAUCCUUGA